AACAAUGACAUGAUUUUGUUACGUGAGAAAAAAUGACUCUAAACAUUACCAGCAUGGAUGGAGAAGAGUUACCUACAGAAAAAGAUUCAUCUUUUCGUGUUCUAACAGGUUGUUUUCUGUCUGUUUUAAUACUUUCAACUCUCCUAGGUAACACUCUGGUGUGUGCAGCUGUCAUCAAGUUUCGUCACUUGCGGUCAAAAGUCACAAACUUUUUUGUGAUCUCCUUGGCUGUGUCAGACCUCUUGGUAGCAGUCUUGGUAAUGCCUUGGAAAGCAGUGGCUGAGAUUGCUGGUUUUUGGCCAUUUGGUUCCUUUUGCAAUAUUUGGGUUGCCUUUGACAUAAUGUGUUCGACGGCUUCCAUCUUGAAUCUUUGUGUGAUCAGUGUUGACAGAUAUUGGGCGAUCUCCAGUCCAUUUAGAUAUGAAAGGAAAAUGACCCCUAAGGUGGCUUUCAUUAUGAUAAGUGUUGCUUGGACCUUAUCAGUCCUGAUAUCUUUCAUUCCUGUGCAACUUAAUUGGCAUAAAGCUAAAACUACAAGUUUUUUUGAUUUGAACAUUACUCUGCAAGGUAGUACGCUGGACAAUUGUGAUUCCAGCUUAAAUAGGACGUAUGCAAUUUCUUCAUCAUUGAUUAGCUUCUAUAUACCGGUGGCCAUUAUGAUUGUAACUUACACAAGAAUCUACAGAAUUGCAGCCAAACAAAUAAGACGCAUCUCGGCUUUGGAAAGAGCAGCUGUACACGCUAAGAACUGCCAAAGUAGUACAGGCAAUGGAAGCAGUAUUGAUUGCCAACAACCAGAAAGCUCAUUGAAGACCUCUUUUAAAAGAGAAACUAAAGUUUUAAAAACAUUGUCUGUGAUUAUGGGAGUAUUUGUUUGCUGCUGGUUACCAUUUUUUAUACUGAACUGCAUGGUACCAUUUUGUGAUCCUGGUGCACCUGCAAGAGGUGCUGAACCUUUCUGCAUUAGCUCUACCACCUUUGAUGUUUUUGUGUGGUUUGGUUGGGCAAAUUCCUCUUUAAAUCCCAUCAUCUACGCUUUUAACGCAGAUUUCCGCAAAGCAUUCUCAACCCUACUAGGAUGCUACAAACUGUGUCCUACAUCAAGCAAUGCUAUAGAAACAGUUAGCAUUAACAAUAACGGGGCUGUUAUCUACUCAUGCCAGCAGGAACCCAAGGGUUCAAUUCCAAAUGAGUGUAAUUUGGUUUACCUGAUUCCACAUGCUGUUAUCUGUCCUGAAGAAGAUACUACAAGUAAAGAAGAUGGAAAUGGUGUUUCAAAAAGUUUGGAAAAAAUGUCUCCUGCAUUCUCUGGGAUUUUGGAUUAUGAUGCUGAUGUCUCACUGGAAAAAAUUAACCCGAUUACACAAAAUGGUCAGAUACUAACAUGAAAUAAAAAUAAAGCUAUAUUAACCAUGUGACUUGAACUAUGACUAUUUGGACUAAUUUCUAGUAGUUAAAACGAAUGCAUUUCAAAUAGAUUUCUAAAAUCCAUUCCAAUGCAUUUUGUAAGUGUUAUUAUUUUUGUUGUUGUGAUGUUCUUGAGGAAACAACAUUUUAAAAUGAAAGCUGUAGGUGAUUUCAAAGAUUGUAUUGUUAUUAUGGAAAUAUGUUUCUAUUUGUUGUGGAACUGCUCAAUACAUAAUAGUUAUGUACUGAAAACAUGCAAUUGGAUAGGUUAAUCAAAGGGUGCUGCAUUUUGGUGAGUGAGCAGAAGGAGUAGUAGCAUUAUGGAUACUAGAAAAGGUAUUUAUUUGUGAAUUUACAGCUCGGCUUUAGUUUGUGCUCCUUCAGCUGCCCCAUAAUCAUACCUCCCAAUUUUCAGGUAUGACCACGCUG